AUGAAUACUGCGCUAUUGCUAGUGCGGCGCAAGCGCUGUUGUACUCUCAUGAUGUAUGAAGUCGAGGCGAUCACUGUGAAGAUUGUGAACUGUAUGCAACUGGCCAAAAGAAAAAGUUCCAGGCGGCUUCACCUUCAGCUUCACUAUGUCGAAAAAAUGGAAGUUAUAUUGUUAGAAAUGUGUUGUUUUUUCCCUCAGGUUGUUUUUUCCGCUUCACAAAGGAAACAAAAACAUGCAAAUGCAUCAUGUUGUCAAAAUAUAUUAAUUUCUUCUAGCUGCAAUUUUAAUUUAUUGCAAAUCAGGAGAGGACCCGACGCUGCUAGAAGAUGAAAGAUUUUCAUUUUGCGAAUCACGAAUAAAACCCAUUCACCCUUAAAGAUGUACGAAUUUCUCGUGAUAGACAAGCACAAGAAGAAGGACGACGCCGACGAUAGAUAAUAUUGAGUAAGUACUACUAUUCCCAAACAGUUUGAAAGGAAAAGGAAAUGGAAAUUAUUUGUAGCGGGAAUCGCGAUCCCGACCUGAAACUAUCGCUUCGUCUACAAGCAGCGAAGAGGAUCAUCAUCCAGAUAUGAUAUUGACCUUCGAUUGUAACACAUUCUUCCCACGAAAAACUUAUUUAUAAAUAUCAACGCAAUGUCAAUAAUCACUGACUCAAUGUUGAUUGCUCCCCUUAUAUCUUUGACCGUGCUUCCGCUUCCCCGCUGUAGAAACUUAUAGAUAUAUAUCACUUGGGCCCAUUGCCAUUCUUCCUUAUAUUUUCCACUACAAUUGGCCUAGGCAGCAAGCUUUGCUGAAGGAGUAAAAACAUACUUACUUAAUUAUCGAGAUGGGCCAACUACGACGAAAUCGAAAACCAUUCACAUUUCUCGUCCGACCGAUAGUUUUUCCUCCUAAGGCUGAACAACAUUUGAAAAUGGCAUGCCAUGCAGUGCUAUUUAACACGAGUCAACCCAACUUCGCGUCCGACAAUUCGUAUUCGAGCAUUAUGUUUAUGAUCAUCCAUUUCGAGACGGGCUUUAUGGGAGUAAAACAAAGAGGGCAGCACUACCACUCCGAAACUAUAGAUGAAAAUGAGGUUUACAGUUUGAGGUAGAGGCGAGAACGAAUGUAUCAAAAUUCAAAGUAGACGGCUGUGAUGUGAGGAAAAAAG